GGAGCUGUGCAGUACGCGCUCUUUGUAUUCAGAAGCGGUCAAACCUGUGAAUUAACAUAUUACGCACUAAUACUCAGAAUAACACAAAAGAGUAUGUCAAUAGAUAAAACAAGUAUUGCAGUACAUCAAUGUCGUGACACUUCACUUCGUCAGUUCCCGUAACAAAUAUGAGUCAAUACAGAGUUACCUACACUUUAGCGGGUUGAGUCAGUCGGUUGUUUCAGUGGUGUUCUACAGAUGAACACCACCAGCACAAGCACAGCAAGUCGCCCUCUCGUCUGCGUGAUCUGAUGUCCGUCAUUAUGUUACGUUAAGUGUAAUUAUAUUAACACACAUCGCUAAAUCCUCACCUUUACGGGCCGAUGUGCAUCAGGGAAUGGCGCUUCCUGUGGUGCUGCUGGCCUGCUCCCCACCCAACCACGCACGCACGGCGAGGCAAAGGACGGCAGCUGUGCGUGAAGCCAAGCACGGGGCCAGGACGGCUUGUGCAAGAAUGCCUUCGUGGAUUCGAGCCUCCGUUUGGACGUGGCCGACCAUCAGGACUGCCAGGACUUCAGAUACAAAGUUCGUGAUGAUGUGGUCAAGUUUACCUUCUCGCGCAAGUUUGAUACCUGCCACCCACACCACUACGUUAUACAGCGAGGCACGACACAUGUGGUGUGGUCAUGGGGUGCAGGGCCCCUGUACCGCCUCUCAGGUGUCCUGGCGAAGGGGGAUCACACUGGCCUGGUGCGAGUGGAGCUGCUCAAGCCUGCACUGCCCCCAGCUACCCAGGGGGAUGACACCCAAGUACUGGAGAUCUCUCCCUCAGGUGCGGUCGCAGAAGGUACGUGUCCCGGCUGAGGAGACCACUUACUGGUGCACAGUGGAGAGGCUGCCAGAUUCCUUCUCUGAGAAGCAACACGUCCUGCAGUUUGGUCCAGUGAUUGAGGCGGGUAAUGAGGAUCUGGUUCACCACAUGGAGCUUUUCCACUGCGAGUACCCACCUGAAGUGACUGUCCCCAAGUAUCAGGGCCCUUGUGCUGCCCCUGAUCGUGCCCCUGAGAUCGAUGCCUGCAAGAGGGUGUUAGCAGCCUGGGCAAUGGGUGCCUCCCCCUUUGUUUACCCCUUGGAGGCUGGGCUGCCCAUCGGAGGUCCAGAUUUCAACCCGUAUGUCAUGCUGGAAGUACACUACAACAACCCUAGAAUUUUGGCAGGUCGUGUGGACAGCUCAGGUCUUGCUCUGCACUACACCAGGCGGCUGAGGGCACAUGACGCAGCCAUCAUGGAGCUGGGGCUAGAGUACACUGCCAAGAUGGCCAUCCCGCCACACCUGCUGUCCUUCACUUUAUCUGGAUACUGUGUGCCUGAGUGUACUGCGCUGGGACUCCCAGCAGAAGGCAUCCACGUCUUCGGAUCACAGCUACACACACACCUGACGGGAGUGAGAGCCUGGACCAAGCAUCUGAGGGACGGCACAGAGCUGGAGGACUUGAACCGUGAUGACCACUACUCUACACACUUUCAGGAGAUCAGGAGGCUGCCCCAUCCUGUCCAUGUGUUGCCGGGUGACACGCUCAUAAUGUCCUGCGAGUUCUCAACGAUGGACAGGGACAACAUUACAGUGGGAGGGUUUGCCAUCAGUGACGAGAUGUGCGUCAAUUACAUCCACUACUACCCUCGGACGGACCUCGAAGUGUGCAAGUCCUCCAUCGACUCAUCCACUCUCAUCAACUACUUCAGCUUCAUGAAAAGGUGGGAGCUGCAGAGCACAUCCCGAGAAGUGAACUGGAGGCAAAACUACCAGGCCAUCAGAUGGACACCUCUGAGGUCGGGUAUGCUUGCCGAUCUCUACCUGAACUCCCCACUCUCCAUGCAGUGCAACAAGUCUUCUGGGGUUCGUUUUCCUGGCUACUGGGAGAACAUUCCCAUCCCCCACAUCCUGCACCCCCUGGAGCCUCCCCCAAGUCCCUGCAGCCCCGCCAAGGAGGUGGAAGAGAACGACUCUCCUUUAAUGAACUAAAGUAUUCUCACUCGCUCAUUCUUCCACGGUAAUGUUUGCUUGUUACUGUUCACUGUAGUGGGAGUAAGGAGUUGUUUGGGUUCUAUAAUAAAAAUGUUCUCUUCUCUUUCUAAUAGCUGUAUCUGGUUGUUUCUCUUACUUACCUAAUAAGCAGAUUUUUCAGUGCUCUGGUGCAGAAUACUGACUUCCUCUCAUAUUCCACUUGCUCUAGAAAUUUGUAAACAUCCAAAUUUUUCAUUGUAGAAAAUGUAUGAUGAGAAUUUUCUCCAAUAGUAUAAAGAUGCGCCUUUCUUUCUGUGUGGUUUUCUCAUGUAGUGUAGAGAUGUACGAUAGUUUGUCUCUCCUCUCCAGAGUGUGCGGGAGGAUGAUGUAAUACUAACAGAGGGUUGGCUUGGGUGUGACGUCUUCCUGCUUGGCUUGGGGAUGGAUGCCCCUGUAGCUUCCAUUUUCUGUCAAUGUUGUUAAGGGAUUCAUCAUAUCUUGUGUAGCAUGGCAUGAUAUUAUCUACAUUAAUAAAUAUUCUAACGGAAAA